UGUAUCAUUAAACAGCAAUUAAUUAUUCUAAAAUUUUAUAUAUACCGCGGACUAUUUAUAAUAACUAUGAACCAUAUCAGAUGGCGUAACGACUUGUACACCACUUGAAUAUACAGAAGUUUUCUAGCCCUGCUUUGUCAUGGACAUGCAAGCUUCUAAUGGAAUGGAUAUUUGUAUGAAUUCAGUGUAUGCUUCCAUCCCUGGAUUACCGGAAUUAGGGAUGGUAUGGAUGGGAGAUAUGAUGGUACAUGGAGAACCUACACACGAACUUAUGUUGGAUCCGCGUCAAGCAGAAAGUCCAUUUUUCUCUCAUGGCUCAAAUCCAUACGAAGAUAUUAGAAACCAUCAAAUUGCGCCUACUACUAUGGUACGGUAUCUACCACCUCAGUUUUCUAACGAGUGUUCUGAGCCUGAUGAAGCAAUGGAAGCUGUUGAUGCUCAGGAAAUACAACAAGAAUAUGAUUCACAGUCUGAAAGACAAGAAAUGACCGAAUAUUUAACAUUAGAAGAUUACAUGGGCGAUGAAGAAAGGGAACAAGUUGUAAACAAUGCAGCAACCCAAACUACUCAAGACAAUCGUAAUAGGAAAAUAAAACCUAUAAAACAUCCUGGGCUUGUUUUAAAAACACCAAUCGCGUAUCAACCUCAUACAGAUUUAAAUUUUAUUCCUAUUCGUAAAGAUGGUAUAGCGGUUUGUGAGAAAUGUGGUGCUAUUGGUGUAAAACAUGCAUUUUACACAAAGGAACGUAGAUUCUGUAGUAGAGCAUGUGCAAGAUCUUCAGAACAUACUGCUCCUACUGCUGAUUCUACAUACAGUCCAUCUCAUUCGGUGGAAACACCUGCAACUUUAAACCCAAUUUCUCCAAAUGAAUCGAAAUUAAUAAAAAAUACCAUAAUAAAAGAAGAAGCAGACGUGAAAGAAGCAAUUGAACUAGAAAAAGAAAAAGUUAUAUCUGAGCCAGUGAUGCCAGAAGAUUUACCUGUAAGAAGAAAGAGAACAGCUGAUAUGGCAGGUUCUUAUGAUUGGACCCCACAAUUAGUUGAACCUGGAUUUUGUGCUGCACCAGUAUCCUGUUUUAAACAUGCACCCAUUUCAGAAAUAUGGGAUAAUAUAACAGUCGGAAUGAAAGUAGAAGUGGAAAAUACAGAUUGCGAUGAAGUAUGCGAGGCUUUUCCAGAUUCGUUUUGGGUGGCUACUGUAUUACGUAUAUCGGGGUACAGGGCCUUAUUAAGGUACGAAGGUUUCGGUCUUAAUGCCGACAAAGAUUUCUGGGUAUCUCUGUGCUCGAAUGAUAUACAUCCAGUAGGUUGGUGUGCAACUAUUGGAAAACCACUCAUUCCACCUAAUACAAUUGCUAACAAGUACAAAGACUGGAAGGAUUUUCUAAUGAGACGAUUGACAGGAGCAAGAACGCUGCCAACUAAUUUUUAUAAUAAAGUUAAUGAUAGUAUGAAAUCGCGUUUUAGAUGUGGACUUCAUUUGGAAGUAGUAGAUAAAAAUAGAAUCUCGCAGGUAAAAGUAGCAACGAUACAGAAAAUUGUGGGUAAACGUUUGCACGUAAGAUACUAUGAUUCACCACCCGAAGACAAUGGCUUUUGGUGCCACGAAGAUUCUCCUCUUAUACAUCCCGUUGGUUGGGCCAAGAGGGUAGGACAGACGUUGGAUGCAUAUCCAGAAUAUUUGGAACGCGUAUCGAAAUCAAAAUUAUGCGAAGACGAUGCAACGGAAGAUCUUUUUUAUGUGCCAAAGAAUCAUCAUUUACAUCUUGGAUACACAUUUCGAGAAGGAAUGAAAAUAGAAGCCAUUGAUCCCCUUAAUCUCUCUGCCAUAUGUGCAGCAACAGUUAUGCAAGUUUUAAAAGAGGAUUAUAUAAUGAUUCGUAUAGAUAGUUAUGACGAAGAUGCAAGUGGUGCUGAUUGGUUUUGUUAUCAUUCAUGUUCACCAUGUAUUUUCCCAAUUGGUUUCUGUUCACAACAUGGCUUACCACUUACACCACCAAAGGGAUACGAUCCAACCACAUUUACGUGGGAUGCAUAUUUAACAGAGACAAAUACUAUACCUGCUCCAGUGCAGUUAUUUAAUAGGGAAAUACCUCAACAUGGAUUUAUCGAAGGAAUGAGGCUAGAAGCUGCUGAUUUAAUGGAUCCUAGAUUAGUUUGUGUUGCUACUAUUACUAGGGUAAUUGGAAGGUUAUUAAGAGUACACUUUGAUGGUUGGGAAGAUGAAUAUGAUCAAUGGCUCGAUUGUCAGAGCCCUGACAUUUAUCCAGUUGGAUGGUGUGACCUCGUUGAUCAUAAACUAGAAGGGCCCCGUGUACUCAAUAAAAACACUAGUCCUACUGUAAAAUCACCAAGAGGCCUUAAACGUAAAGCUAAGCGAAAAUUGAAGAAAAGCAGUAAAGUUUCCUGCGCAAAAAACAUUCUACCUCGUCACAGUGAACGUAUUAGCAUGGCUCGUGAACGUGAACGAGAAGUAGAGCCUGCCCAGGGAAUAAAAAUUGAGAGAGAACGCGACUUAGAAAGUUUACCGGAACAAAGAAAUAGGGAACCAGAGCCAGCAGAAGAACCAGCUGGUCCUGAUCAAACUUUGCCUAGUCCUACUACCGGACAGGGUCAAGCAUUAAAUGAUACCCAAAGUGAAAUACAAAACCCUCCACCACCAAAAGAAAGAACUGCAACAACAUAUGUUAAUGUAACAUCUGCCACUAAUAAGUACAUCCCAAGGUUAGCAGAUGGUGUUCAAAAAAGUUCUGAAUCUGGUGAUUUAGUGCCAUCUGAAUGGAAUGUGUUUGAUGUUGCACAAUUUCUCCGUGUUAAUGAUUGUGCAACGUACUGCGAUAACUUUAGUAAACGUAAAAUAGACGGGAAGACUUUGUUGACCCUCACUAAGGACCAAAUAAUCGACCUUACAGGUUUUAAAGUUGGCCCUUCUUUAAAAAUAUAUGAUCUAAUUCAACAAUUGAAAAUCAAAGUGAAUCCAGCUCAGGAAAGGUUGAAAUUAGGAUUGAAAAAGUUAUUAUAACAAAAAUAGUACAUAGUUAAUACUAUGAAUAAGUUUCAUCAUUGCAUAAAAUAAACAUGGAUUUACAGGUAAGGCACGUAGACGCAAAUAAUUAAGAACUCAUACUUCACUGUGGUUAUAAAUAUUGUUUGUUAUAAAUCGAGAAAUAAUAUCAUUUAUUUAAAUGAAAGGAUUAUUUCGUUUUGGAUGUUAGGAUUAUUAUGGAUAUAAUUUGAACAAUCAUGCUAUUAUAAUAACACACGCGUGUACCAUAAACUAAAAGAUAAUAAAAUAAUUAUUUUGAUAUUUUAAAGUAGAUAAAGGUGUUCCAGAACGAAUUGAUCCAACUUAAUUUUUAAUUUCAUACAACAAAUAUAAAUACUAAUCACCAGAUAAGAAAUGAUCAAAAUUCUUUUUAUGGUAAUAUCUAAGUGUAUACAAUUUGUUACCAAAAAUAUUAAGAGAAUUCAUGUAUACAUAUUGCAUUUAUACAUACUUAUAAAUAUGAGAAAUUAUUUUAUUAUCGACGUAAUAUUUUCUUCCGAACGCCGUUAUUUGUAAAUCCAUGCUUUCACCUACAUUGACUACAGAUGCAUGAACCACAUUUGAAAAGUUCUUUUUCCUGAAUGAAAAUUUUGAAAAUGUAAUUUAAGCACGAUAUUUUAGGAGUAAAUCAACAAAUGCGUAUUAAAAUAAAAAGUAAAAAUAUAGUAACAUGAAUAAUAAAGUACAAACUAACUCUUGGGUAUUAAUUCAUUACAGUUUCUAAUCACAUUUGCCUUAAUGAUACAAUUCACAUUACUAAAAUAGUUUUACGUGUUUUAAUAAACUUGUUGAUUUACUCUUCACUGUAACCAAGAAGUACAUGUCUGUACAUAAUAAAAGAGUGAAAUGGUCAACUUCUAAUCUUGUAAAUAUAGCAUUUAGCACAGUAUUAAGUUUAGCUAUCUUUUUGAAGAAUACGAAGAAAAAGUAACCACGGUGUACAAGAAGUGUAACUAUUAGAAAGUGGUUGAUGCAUUUGUAUAUCAAAUAUUGUAUCUAUAUGUAGCUUUAUAAUCAUUACAGUAAAUCAAACCAGUCGAGCAAAGUCUGAGACUAAUUCGUCUCGGACUCUUUGAAUACUAUUUUUAGUACGAUGGAGUAACGUGGUUACUCUGCUUAUUUAUUCAACAUUUUUGAAUCUCACUAGGUACCGAACCGAUUUGGUACCUGCAAUUGUUUAGCAGUUAAUUCAUAAAAUGUUAAACGCGAAUUUGAUUGGUCAUCUACAUUUUAUUAUAUCAGAAUUUUAAUGAUUACUUAUAUAAUAAAAUAUUCUUUUCUUUGCGUUAUGUUGACGCGCGGUUAUGCAUAGCAAUGUAAAAAUUCAUUAAUUCGGAGAAUAUUAUAUAUCUAUAUCUGCAGAUCAAAGAAAAAGUAGUAACAUUUUCUUAAUCUACUCGUUGCGUACAAAUUGGGAGGCAUUAUAAAUAGUAUUACAGAUAUAAACUUUAAAAGUUUGGGUUUUGCUUCACGUGACUGUGAGUACAAAAAAAAAAAAACAAUAUCAAACAGAAAUUAAAAACGCAAAUAAUAAUGGAUGGAUUUUUAAGUGUUAUUCAAUAUUUUUAAGUUGAAAAUAAAAUAACGUCCAAUGUAAAAUUUAACAUAAUAUGAAAUUCAAUAUAAAAAUUUUAAUUUUUUUAAGAAAUCAUACUUUAGAUGACUUGUACAAUUCUUUAUUUUUUUUUCUUUUUUUUUUUUUAAGGGAAAGUAUUACGAUCAGCCAAGAAAUGCUGAUUAUGUAGCUAUUUUGUAAGGCACUAGCAAAAGUAUUUCUUGAUUAUACUUUUCCAUACGUUAAACGUGUUUAAGAUUUGAGAAAAGGAUUGUGUUUUAAAUUUGUGAGUUUAAAAUUUAGGUUAAAAAAUAAGCGUUUGUCAGAUUAACGAAUCAAUCGUAAAUACGAGAAAGAAUAAGAGAUAUCAAUUUUUUCAUUUAUUUAAUUGAGUGCGACAUGUAUUCAUAGUUAUCUCUUCUCGUCUAUAAUUAUAUGCAGUUUUCAUUUUUUACGGUGUAAUAUAUUACCAAUACAAAGUAAUAACUAUGAAUACAGUCUCUAAAUGUUAUUUUUUUAGCUUGCAUUGUAACGGAAUAUACAAAAUAUGCCGCAAAUAAUCAACAACAGUAUUUAUCGAUAAUACUAGGUUUGGAAGUGAGAAUGCCUAUUUCUUCUCUUUUUUUAUUUGUAAGUUCGUCACUCGUAUGUUUCUUUUAUAGAAGUAAAGAUUAAAACAAUUCAAAUAAAUGUUUUUCACAUAUAUUGUAAAAAAAAAUUUGCAAAUAAUGAUGGAAGUACAUUGUUUACAUUAAAUCA